ACUUCGUCAGUCAUCCAUCCCUUUAUUUCGAAGUUGUGUCUUUAUCUACCCCCGACCAGGAACAUGGGGAUAUGUAUCGUACCACUAUUGUCCUGCAAGGAAACAAUACAUGUACGACACCGGUAUAGGUUUCGGUCUUGUAUUAUAUCCUACCGAUUAGUAAGUAAAAGUAGUUGAAGAUAACAUGACUGGAUGAUCAGCUCCAGACUACACAAUGAUUCUCUUAUGACUACACUGAUCUGAAAAUGACUGAGAUCUUGGAUGUUUUCCACAAAACGAAGACAUGGGAACCAAACGGAAUUUGAACAAAGUCAGUAGAGUCAUUGGACCUCGUGGGGAUAAAUUUGGAACUUGGUAUGCUCCUAAUCGAUCCAAAGCGGGCUAGCGUGUGGUGGUCGGCCACACUCCUUGCGGGUACACCAUCUCACCUCCAUCGGUCCCCGAGUCAGAUUUGUCUUGGAAAUCCACCCCGGGAAUUAGCAUCUCAUUCCACGUCCUUAACUAUGAAAUAUACAUACUAUGUACUAUCCUCAUAGUCUAAUUUGUCGUGUUGCGAUGGCUCUUCCAUGGCUGGGCUUGAAAUGAAUCUUCAGCAAGGGUGUCUCUGUCCUGCAAUCUGCACAUCAUGUGAUCACUGUAAUCCUGUUCGGGCUCUCCUUGACAGCAGCUGCAUCACACGGUCGGCGAAGUUCUUACUUUGUAACUAGUCUUGUCUUGUCCGUCUCCAAUCAGAAGUGGUGGGAAGUCCGGCAUCUGUCACGGUUCAACCUUAC